AUGCGCCUUUGCCUCAGCCGCCACUUCGCUGCCGAAUCACCAUCGUUCACGGUUCUAACUUCUCGCUGUCAUUGUCUGCGCAUGUCCUCACCAAGAGUUAUCGUGCAAAUUGCGAUUGCUGGCGCACAAAUCCUAGGCAAAGCAUUCUUUGCAGCGGGUCGACAAGCAGUGAAGAAUGCAAAACACCAACCACAAGCGGCCAUAGGCAGUGAUGUAGCGGGUGUUAGGAACGCGACAUCGGGCUCGAUCACGGACAAGCUGACGCGAGAACAUCGGAUGACGCUAGAGGAGGCACGCUUGAUUCUGAACGUAAAAAAGGAAGAUCCAGCUGACAAGGUUCUUCAACAUUAUGAACACCUCUUCAAAGCCAACUCGCCUCCGUCUGCACCUCCUAAGCCCGCGGCUGGCACAAAACAAUCUGCACCACCAACAUACUCGCACUAUGUUCAAUCAAAGGUACUGCGCGCAAGAGAACGAAUAGAGGCCGAAAUGGAGUCUGGACAAGAUCUUUCUACGACUGCACCCCCAUCGUCAACUUCGCCACCGCCACCGAGUUCAGGCAAUCCAUAG